CUCGUGCCAUCGAAAUCUCAAAAAGAAAGAAACUCGAAAACGAGAAAAAAAACACCACCAUGGCGAGCUCUGACCCUCUCUUGCCAAUCUCCGCCAGAGAAGAGGACCCUUUAUCAUCCGACGUGUCAAGAUCCGACCCGAAUGCGGAAACCCAUCGCCGUAGAAGACCCGUGAAAGGUCUCCUCGCCGUCUCAUUUGGGCUUUUCUUUAUCGCCUUCUACGUCGCUCUCAUCGCCACACACGACGGAUCUAGAUCCAACGACGUUAAAAGCGAUGGAACAGCGUCACGUGCCCGUCUCGCUGGUGUCUCGGAGAAAGGCAAUGAUGGUAUGUGGAAGCUUACCGGUGACAGGAAUACGGUGUCGUUCUCUUGGAACAAUAGUAUGUUGUCGUGGCAACGAACGGCGUUUCAUUUCCAACCUGAACAGAACUGGAUGAACGAUCCUAAUGGUCCAUUGUUCUACAAAGGAUGGUACCAUUUCUUCUACCAGUAUAACCCAAACGCAGCCGUAUGGGGUGACAUUGUUUGGGGUCAUGCCGUGUCUAAGGACCUAAUCCAUUGGGUCCAUUUGCCCUUAGCCAUGGUCGCUGACCAAUGGUACGAUGCCAAUGGUGUAUGGACCGGCUCAGCUACAUUCCUCGAAGAUGGCUCGAUCGUCAUGCUCUACACCGGUUCUACCGACAAAUUUGUGCAGGUCCAAAACCUUGCCUACCCUGAGGACCUCAACGACCCACUUCUACUAAAAUGGGUCAAGUUCCCGGGCAACCCGGUUCUUGUACCUCCACCGGGUAUUCUCCCCAAGGACUUCCGUGACCCAACAACUGCAUGGAAGACAUCAGCCGGAAAAUGGCGGAUCACUAUUGGUUCCAAGAUCAACAGAACCGGGAUCUCACUCGUCUACGACACUACUGACUUCAAGACUUACGAGAAACUAGACACAUUGUUGCACAAAGUUCCAAACACCGGGAUGUGGGAGUGCGUUGACUUUUAUCCAGUGUCUAAGACCAAGGUCAAAGGGCUUGACACAUCGAUCAACGGACCAGAUGUGAAGCACAUCGUGAAGGCUAGCAUGGACGACACGAGGAUCGACCAUUAUGCCAUAGGAACAUAUUUUGAUUCGAACGGGACAUGGAUCCCGGAUGAUCCUACUAUCGACGUUGGGAUUAGCACUAGUUUAAGAUAUGAUUACGGAAAGUUUUAUGCUUCGAAGACGUUUUAUGACCAGAACAAGGGUCGGAGAAUCUUGUGGAGUUGGAUUGGUGAAUCCGACAGUGAAUCUGCUGAUGUACAAAAAGGCUGGUCUUCUCUUCAGGGUAUCCCAAGAACCGUUGUUCUCGACACAAAGACAGGCAAGAACUUGGUUCAAUGGCCAGUGGAAGAAGUAAAAUCUCUUAGGUUAAGCAGCAAGAAGUUCGAUAUGGAAGUGGGUCCCGGAUCGUUGGUACAUGUUGAUGUGGGUCCGGCGGCUCAGCUCGAUAUAGAAGCAGAAUUUGAGAUCAAGAAAGAAUCUCUAGACAAAAUCCUCGGAGACGCUUCGGUAGCAGCUGAGGCUGAGGAAUUUAGCUGCCAGAAAAGCGGAGGCUCCACCGUUCGUGGUGCUUUAGGACCGUUUGGAUUCUCGGUUCUCGCUGAUGAGAGAUUGUCGGAGCAGACUCCGGUUUACUUCUACGUGGCUAAGGGAAAAGAUUCUAAGCUCAAAACAUUUUUCUGCACAGACACUUCAAGGUCAUCUUUUGCAAAUGAUGUCGUUAAACCGAUUUACGGUAGUUCUGUACCGGUUCUGAAAGGGGAGAAAUUGACCAUGAGAAUAUUGGUGGAUCAUUCGAUAGUAGAAGCAUUCGGACAAGGCGGAAGAACAUGCAUAACGUCAAGGGUAUAUCCAACAAAAGCCAUUUAUGGAGCAGCGAAGCUUUUCUUGUUCAACAAUGCCAUUGAUGCGACUAUUACGGCAUCGUUUAACGUGUGGCAGAUGAACAGUGCUUUUAUUCAUCCUUACUCUGAGGAAGCUGUCCGUGCUCUCUCCCGCGCCUGAUUAUACACCCACCUCCAACAAAUUAAUUUUUGUAGAUUUACUUGUUAUAACUUAUAAAUAUCGUUUUCUGUUCUUUUUCAAUUUAAUCGUUUGAUUAUUUCAUUGGGGAUGUAUUUGUUUCAACAUAUAUGUAAGAGAAGGGGUUACUUGAGAAAAUUUUCUCAUUAUC